AUGAUGUGGUCGACGCCGUCUUGCAUGUGCAGCGGCGGCCCGCUUCCAGGGUCACACUGCAGCGUCAUAGCCAUCCUCUACCCAGGAGAUCUGCUGAAGGCCGAGGGACAGAACGAGGAAGCGGAGGAUGGCGAUGCGGGUAAUGCUACAAGGUCGGCAGAAGAUGGGGGGAAGGAGAAGGAUGAGGUUGGCGCGGAGGCAACGACGGAACAGGGCCAGGAGGAGGCGGCAUGCGAAGGUGAGAAGGUGUCGGUCGACGCCGGCCAAGAGGCGAACAUCACGGGCAUGCAGGAGACGGAGGAAGCAACUGGUCGGCAGGGCCCGGAGCAGGUCGACGUCGAGGAACUGCUGCGGGAGAACUUGCUGUUGAGGGCGGAGAACGCUCGGCUGAAGGCGUUGCUCGAUGAGGAGCAGGCUCGGCUGGACGGGUUUUUUGGUGGGUUACGUGGACUCGUCGACCACCUUAAAGAGUUGGCCGAACAGAUCGACGACACCGACAAGUUUGCGGCGCACCAGCUGCGAAACGCGGCGGAGGCCAUGUCGCAGACCAUCACGGGCAACAUCACCGGCAGCUUCGACGAAGCGUGGAAGACGAUGAAGACAUUCGCGGAACAGGCGUCGGCGAGGACUUCGACAAUCCGGAGGGUCGUGUGGCAUGUGCACGCGCUGAAGCUGUCGACGCCUUGGCCGAGCACGCUCCCCGUGCAGCCGCCGCCACCGCCUCAGCCCACGCCGCCCGCCCUCCCGGAAGAGCUCUUGAAGUCGUUCAAGGCCGACAUCAUGAAGACGGUGACGGAGGCCACCCAGCAGUCGUUCGUUGCUUCCGGGAUGAAGAUGUUGACCGAGAUGAUCGGCACUGUGGCGCCUGUUCGACGUGGGUCGUCGCCGUCGGCCAAUGACGCAGAUCAAGCGCAAAGGAGGGCGGCCGACAAGCAGGGCGAGAAGAGGACGGGCGACGGAGACGACAAGGAGAGCGUGAAGCGGAGCAAGGGAUCGGACGGGAGCCGCGGCACGAAGCCUCCUGCUCAGAGCGUGGUCGAACAGCUAAAGUCGAAGGCAGGGUGGAAGGCGAGCUCCGGGAAAGGCGUGUCCGACUUGGAGGCCCCUACUGCUCAGGUGGCGAACGACGGCGGCGCCGGAACCACCAAGGGACCGUCCGUCGCGAUGGCGGCCAAGGGCAACGCGAAGGCCGCCUCUGCCAAGUCAAUUCCCCGUAAGCCCCCAGCGGCUACCCCCGCGCCGGCCGGCAAGUCAGGCGCCAACAACGAUGGGCCGGCCAUUGCGGCCCCUCCAGCUCCAGCAGCACCUACUGCCGACAAGGGCAACGCGACGGCCGCCUCUGCCAAGUCGAUUCCCCGUAAGCCCCCAGCGGCUACCCCCGCGCCGGCCGGCAAGUCAGGCGCCAACAACGAUGGGCCGGCCAUUGCGGCACCUCCAGCUCCAGCAGCACCAACUGCCGACAAGGGCGACGCGACGGCUGCUGCGGCUGAGCCCGAAGGUCCGUCACCUGCUAAGGUGCCCGCCGGCAGUAAGGCGCUCAGGGAGAUGCUCCGCCGCAUGGAUGCACAUCGCAGGGACGUGCAGCAGCCUCCAGUGGUCGACGCCGCCCUUGCCGAAACAGCACGUCGCUCAGUCACUUCGCAGGUUGCCGGCAAAUCGACCGGUGCCCCACCUGCCGUUCCUAUAGUCGCCGCCCCACCGCCCGCGGAACCCAAAUCCGCGUUUCUUCGCGCCCAUUUAGGCGCACGCAAAGCGGGAGCUCGACAAGUGACUCAGCCGGAACCCGGCAAAAGCGCGACGCCGACGUCGGUAAACGCGACUUCACCCACACCAGGUGCAGCUGUGGUCGAUGCUGCGGCGGAGAAGGGUCUGAGCGCAGCGCUAGCCACCGGCGGCCGAGCCGACAGGCAUGCCAACCUCGCUGCCGUUCUGGCUCAAUUUGAAGCAGCAAAACGCCCCGAGCAUGCCCCAGCACUAGCCAUCAUGGACACGGCACAUGCGGAGCCGUCGGGAACCCACGGAGGGGGUUCGGCGGAGCCGACGGCUGCAACGGCUGCUGUCGCCGAGGGAAAUGCGGGACGGAAGGGGAAGGACGACAACGGGAAAGGGAAGGCGGUCUCUCAGAGUAGCACAUGGGCGAUGUCGGCGGGGAAUGAGAUGUCGGAAGAGAAAGGGAAGAAGCCGGCACGGAAUCAGGACAAGACGGGCGGCAAUCAUAAGCCGGCGAAGAGGAAGGCGAAGGCGGAAGAGGAGGAAGAGGAGGAGGGGGAGGAGGAGGAAGAGCAUGGACGCCGGGGUCAUGGCAUCCGCCGAGACAGGUCUGGCAACGGGCUUGGGUGGGUGGGCGAGAUCAAGAUUAAGGGCCAGAAUCGGUACAUCGGCAAGUCGCGCGAGAAGAUGGAGCUGGCCUACGAGCACGCGAUUGCGUACUUGCUCUACGACGGCUACGUGAGCAAGGUGCUGAUGAAGGAGCUCACCGUCUUGAAGCCGGGGCAGUUGGAUGAAUGGAAGGCGGUAUGGGAGGAGCUCAGGUUCCUGUCGACCGGGAUGUGGACGGUGAUGUGGGCCAGAGGCUUGUGCCAUCCCAGAGCAAUGUUCGACGAUAUACUCGGCAGGUACCGUGGGUACGCGAGCUCGGGUGAUGCGCUUCAUGACGUGCUCUGGCCGGCGAUAUGGUUCCCCAUCAUCGAAGACACUGAGGCAGACAAGGCGGAGACAACCGCUCUCUUGUCGGCGAUGGUAAAUCGCGUGUCGAUGUGCGCGGCGUAUGGGAAGGUUGCGGCGAGCGUGGCGUUUGGGAAGGUCGAUGCGAGCGCGGAGGGGAAGGCGGGUGAGAACGCGGAGAUGGAAGGCACGGAGGGGAAGGCGGACGAGAAGACGGAGAUGGGGGCCCAGGCGUUAGCGGCAUCUGCAUGCGCCCUCUGGUGCUACAUGUCGACGGGUGCGUCGGUGCUCGGUGCUGUGGGCGAAGGGAAGGCGGCCGCGAUGGUGGCAGGUGCAGGGGAGGUGAGGGCCGAGCGCUUCAAGAAGGUCAUGCACGCGGUUAUCGACUUUGCAAAAAGUCGGCAGGCUCCCGCGGGGGAGGUUGCACAUAACGUCGCGCCAGAGCUGCAGCGCUAUGGAGUGGCCAGGGCCUUCGAGGCGGGAAUCGGGGAAGUCGAGGCCGACAUGAUCGCAAGAGCGACGGUCGAGACCUUGGCGUUCUGGGGAAUGUGCCCCGUCGCCGGGCCCAAGCUCAAAGCGGAGGGCAUCGAUGUGCCGUGUGACGCGAAGAUGGAGUACGAUUUGGAGCACAGGGGGAGGAAGGGUUUGAAGGUCAAGCAGGGCAAGGGCAGCAAGAGGAAGAAGACGAAGGCGGAGAAGCAGGCGAAGGACAGUACGGAUGAGUAG